CAUCACCAGUUGCAAGGUGAGAUGCUCUGCACUUUCUUGUGGUGUCUGGCUUAUACUCGCACUAAAAUAGCGGUGUUCUGCAGACAAACCGCACCCCGAUUUAAUGUCCGGCGCCUACUCCUGCACCAGGGUUGAGUCCCUGAUGAAACCCGACCCGAAUACAUCUCGUCAUCGGCUGCGGAAUCUUCCAAGUACAGAUGAAGCAGGUAGCUGCUGGUAUGCGCAUCGAAAAUGCACCUCUCGGCAGAUGUGGUGCGCGUUUCUGCACCUGGGAACCAUCCUCUCUUCGCGCGGCACUGUAGUCACAGUGGACGAGGUAAUCUCUGAGAUGUUGCCGCCGAGAACGCCUUCCCGGAGAAUCGCUGCCGCGGAAUCGGUGUCUUGCAUGUACGUGCAGUGUGGAUUCCCAUCUAGGACAUCAUGAACAUAAAGGAUUCCCAGGCCCUUUCGUCUUACCACUCGGUAAUCGGCAUCACUUGCUCCUCGCCAAGUCUUGUCACAUUGCCUUGUCUUUCGCUCUCUCCUAGCCACCUGUGGUGAAUUGUCCAGUCUUUUAGAAAUCCUCCCCUCAUUUUGGCUGUCUGUCGCUCGUUCAAACACCACCAUGGCACCUUAUAGUGCCUACACACACGCACAUGGGCCCCUGGCAUCGCAAAACUCGGCAUCAUCCCUCUUCGAUCUCGAAACUCCAGCUACUCCAAGAAAUCGCUAUCACGCUUACCUCAGCAGUGGUUCCACACCAAACUCAUCCACCAACCUGGGACGUCUGUCAGAGAAAUACAGGAGCCGAGGGAAGUCAUUACAUGUGCCGCCAACAGAGUAUCCAACAGGAUGGACGUUUGCUUGUAUCAUCAUCGCCUUGGUUCUCAGCGUCUUUCUCGUUUCUCUCGACAUGACAAUAGUAGCAACCGCCAUUCCAAAGAUCACCGACGAGUUCAACGGCCUCGAAGACGUAGCCUGGUACGGCGCAGCUUUCUUCAUGACUGUCGGCGGGUUCCAAUCCUCGUGGGGCAAGGUGUUCAAGUAUUUUCCGCUCAAGAUCUCUUACCUCAUCUCCAUCUUCAUCUUUGAGCUUGGGUCAUUGAUCUGUGGCGUGGCACCCAAUUCACCUACUCUAAUCAUUGGCCGUGCUGUUGCCGGGGUGGGAGCGGCUGGUAUCGGCUCCGGAGCAUACACCCUCAUCGCCUUUUCCGCCGAGCCGAAAAAGCGACCAGUCUUCACCGGCAUUAUUGGCACGGCCUAUGGUGUUGCUGCCGUUGUUGGACCGCUGAUUGGAGGCGCAUUUGCGGAUAGGGUGACGUGGAGAUGGUGCUUCUUCAUCAACUUGCCCAUUGGCGGACUGUCGGCGCUGAUUAUCAUCCUCUUGUUCCGGACCCCAGCGGGAUGCAAGCCGGCGGAGGCGACUCUCAAGGAGAAGCUUUUGCAGUUGGACCCCGUUGGCACGGCACUCAUCAUGGCCGGUGUCAUCACAUACAUUCUUGCGCUGCAAUAUGGCGGGCAGACACUUGCAUGGCAUCACCGGAAGGUCGUUGGACUGUUGGUUGGAUUCGUCAUGAUUUCCAUCGCGUUUGGUGUCUGGGAGUGGUAUAAUGGGGAGAGGUCCAUGAUCGUACCAAGGCUAUUCGUGCAGAGGCAGGUGUGGGUUUGCAGCAUGUUUUCGUUACUGUUUGCCGGGAGUUAUUUCAUCAUCAUUUAUUACCUGCCGAUUUACUUCCAAAGUAUCGGCAAUGCUACACCGACGGAAUCAGGGGUGAAAAACCUGCCGCUGAUUCUGUCGGUCACAGUAGCGACGAUCGUGGGAGGAGGGGCGGUUUCGGCGACGGGGUAUGCUACACCUUUAGCGGUGGUAGGGGCAGCGCUGGCUACCGUGGCGGCUGGUCUGUUGUACACACUUGACAUUAGGUCAUCGGCGGGCAUGUGGAUUGGAUAUCAAAUCCUGGGAGGUAUUGCGUGGGGGAGUGCGUUCCAAAUUCCCAUCAUCGUCAGCCAGGCGACGGCCGAGAUUGACGAUUUGAGCAGUGUCACUGCUAUCGUUCUUUUCUUCCAAACAGUUGGUGGUGCCUUCUGGGUCUCGGCUGGUCAAUCCGCCUUUGUCAACGAACUCAUGAAGGAACUGGCCAUCUCAGCGCCUGAUGUCAACGCACUUGCAGUCUUGGGCACAGGCGCCACCGCGAUCAGGACCGUUUUCCCCGCGGAGCAAGUACCGGGGAUUUUGAUCGCCUACAUGGCCGGAAUCAAAACAGCAUUAGCGAUUGCCAUUGGAGCCGUUGGACUUUCCUUUGUUUUGAGUUUUUUCUUCAGCUGGAAAAGACUAAACCCAGAGACCUUGAGGGCUGCUGGGGCGGUGGCAUAGGGGUGAGGACGAUUUUCCUUAUUUACGAUUUUGAUUGUUGAUUUUCAAAUAUGCCAGAACAGGCGGGCUGGCGUUUUACUUUGGAUUAAUUGGGCUAUCGGACACGGGGUUUUAGAAAGGUGCUUUAAUCAGGGUGGAUAAUGGGUGGGCUUUACGAUUCGAAAAGGGGGUUUCAUGUGUGUGCUUUGGCAAAUAAUUGGUGAUCAUGAUACGACGCUCUUAGCAAAAUGAUAGAACAAUCAAUGAAUUCAAACAACAAAGA